CGCCUUUAGUGGGCGGGGUUACACGUGUUAAGUUAAUAAUGGAGGACAAGGGGAUUGAUGUCAAAUCACUUUCUGACGUUGAGCUGAAGGAGCAGCUGGCAAGACACGGCGUAAUAGGAGCUGUCAUUAUGCGUACCACUCGUGGAGUUUACGAGAAAAAGCUGGCUAACUUGAUAGGCGUGGGAAAAGGGAAUGAAGCCGAUACCGGCUGCCAUGUUGCUCAGCAUAAUCAGAAUGGAUCUGUUUCGAGUGAUUCUGUUGCUGUUGUGCUACCUGCAUCAACCGUUCAAACAUCUGUGUCAUCGUCUGAUUUGGUAUCACGUAAUACUGAUUCUAACUCUGAUCUGGUGUCAUUAGAUCGUGCUGAAUCAGUAGAUUCAGCAUCAUCUAAUUCUCAUCUUGUAUCAUCUAAUGCUGAUCCCAUAUCAUCAAGUAUUGAUUCGGUAUCAACUGGUACUGAUCCCAUACCAUCAAAUAUUGAUUCAGUAUCAACUAGUACUGAUCCCGUAUCAUCAAAUAUUGAUUCGGGGUCAUCCAGUGCUGAUCUAGCAUCAUCUAAUGCUGAUUCCGUAUCAAAACCCACUCCGUUAUAUUUUGCUGUCGCUACUAGUACUUCAACACCCGAAGAGACUCGUUCCUCUCUCUCUCCGUUCUAUCAUGAUCACGAAGUCCUUAGAAAGGCCAUUAAAGGGACCGUUGGAACUCGCUUUAAGAAGUUUUCCGAUCAAAGCAAAGCCGAGGAAUUUUCAAAAACAGUCUUCCCUGAGGAACUUGGCCCGAAAUAUUCUCUAGAGAGAGCCCUCAGCCCCUUACCUGGUGUCAAGAAGACUAGAGAUAAGAACGUUCUUGCUAAAAUAAUACAAGAAGGUAACGCAGAGGAAUUCUUAAAAACCGUUUGGGGUAACCCCCGCUACCUCCUUGGAUCAGGGGAUACCCCAGAGAUCAUUCAUCCUGGCACUAGACGGAACGCUCUUCAUUUAGCUGCACUGGAAAACCAGCUGGAGAUAUGCAAGCAUAUAAUGUCCAUAAUUCAGAGUGAUAGGUUCUGGAGUGAAGUUUAUCCUGUGAGUGAUGUCCUCAUUGAUGCUGCCAUGAGUUCAAACGAAAAGAAGAGAAUCGAAGGAAUAGACCCGGAGGUAGUGAGGGAGGGAAAGAGAGAGAACGCUCUUCGCUUGAGGGAGGAGUCAAAGUCGAGGCUUGUCGACUUGUAUCUUAAUAUUCAAGAUGGGAAUGAGAGGGCAAAGGUUAAAGUAUCAGAGAAACACUAUACUCCACUCCACAUUGCUUCAAUGUACGGGUUCGUAGACAUUGUGGAAUUCCUAAUGUCUUUCCCUGCAACUGACACCACAAAAAAAGACAAUCAAGGAAGGACAGCCGCUGACCUGGCCUGUACAAAAUCUAAAUCUAAAUCCAAUGAAGAGCUAAAAUCAAAAAUAAAACAUCUAAUUAACAAUCCCUCCAUUUAUUACGUUCCUGUCAUCAGAUCAAUUGAUAACUCUUCUCCAGCGAGUCUCGGUAGUCCUGUUGUUCUUGACGACAGUUCACUCACUGGCUCUCAGUCACUGAAUGAGUCCCUCCCUCUCGUGGGCCCCCCUCAAGUUACAACCUCCCCAUUAGUGGGACAGGCUUUUGCUGGACCUCUUUCUCCCGCUAAAGCACGAGGAUUGCUUAAGGAGUGGAAGUCUCCAUCUUGUUCUGAUUUGAAGAAGAAAGCAAGUUUAAUGAAGAGAUCUGAUCCUGACAGAGGAUUAGAAAGAAUUGGAAGGUUGUUAGCCCACAAAGACGGCAUUGGUUGGACCGAGUACUGGGAGUUUCUCGGCUCCUUUGCCGACUUCUCAAAACCCGAGGGUCUCCGGAAACUAGACAAGCACAUCUUUACCCUGUGUCACUCUGCGCCUUUGGUGACCCCAUCAAUUGGGUCAGUCCGUAGCUCAAGCAACAGAACUAGAUCAAGAUUAUCUUUAUUGACUAGUGGGGAGGAUUCACCGAAGCAGAAGCUGUUUGCAGAUGAGAUUAGUAAAGACGAGGAGGAAGUGGGCGUGGUUAGUAAUGGUGACCACGCCCACAGCAAACCAACAACUAAUGAAAGUGAAGAUCCACUUCCUCUAGUUUCGUCUAUUGAGCCAGGCCCGUCAUUAGAGGAGGGGCUCGAGCGCAUGAAUUUAAAUGAGGAUAUUUCACCUUUGAAAUCGGAACCGGACACUAUUGAAUAUUCGUGCAAGACCCCCUCGAGGAUUGAUAAGAACAAUGCAGUUUAUAUUGACGGAGGGUCUGUUCCUUCAAAGUUAGAUCUUGAUGUCUUAUUAGCAUUGUGUGGUGUGGAAGUUGAUGUAAGAGAAUACCCUCACGUCUACCAAUGGAAGAGACUCAUUGAGUCUUACAAUGAAGAAGAGCGGAAACAAUGGGCAACCCCAAGAUCUUUAAAUAAGCACACACUAAGGAGAACAGAAGAGUCUCUUCGUCCAUUCAGUCCACUGGUGUACUACAGCCCCCCUCCUCUUUCUCCCCUCCUCUCCAACUCUCCCUCUUCUGCUAGACGCACCCCUCUCCCUUUUAAGAACUUUCCUCUCACGCCACAGCAUCGAAUGCCAAUAAACACACCCACAAAGACAUGGUUUUAGAAAAUGUUUAUUGUGUAUGACUAUAGUAAUAAUGCAAAUGAUUAUUAUUAUUAUUAUUAUUUAUAAGAAAUAUUUUUUGAAAUGUAGUGUAAUGUAAAGUUGUCAUCGUUUCAUACUUAAGAUAAAAA